AUGAAGACAGCAGUGGCCCUCCUGGCUCUCUCACUCCUUCACAUCUGCUCCUCAGUCCCCAUCAGCCGCCCCACCAACUGGCUCAGACAAUGCCGGGCUUCCAUCAGUACCCCCAUCACCGCUCUGGAGGUGCUGCCUGGCGGAGGCUGGGACAACCUGCGUAACAUGGACAUGGGCCGAGUCAUGAACAUGAGCUACUUCCAAUGCCAGACCACCGAGGACGGGAUCUACCUCAUCCCAGAUGAGGUGUUUGUCAUCCCCCAUAAAAAAACACGCGUGGAGACGAUCUCAGAGAUAAUCAGCUCGUGGCUGGAGCAGAAGAGCUCAACAGCUAACUCCAUCAAUGCUGAUGUAUCCUUUCACUCCAAGCUAAAUGCUAAAUUUUCCCAAGAGAACCUAAGGAUGAAAACACAUCAGGUCAAAGAUUCUUCAACUACAGCCAGAGUGCAGGUUCGUAACCUGAUCUACACAGUAAAGGCUUAUCCAGACUUCACUCUUGACACUCGCUUUGCACAACAAGUCAAAGAGAUCGCCAGCGCCAUUGAGAACAACCAAAUAAGAAAUGCAGACUACCUCUCAGAGAAGAUGGUUCUGGAUUAUGGGACCCAUGUAAUCACGAGUGUUGAUGCUGGGGCUGCUUUGGUUCAGGAAGACUACCUCAGCUCGUCAUAUGUGUCGGACAGUACAUCAGACAGUUCAAGCAUCAAAGCACAGGCAGGGUUAAACUUCUUUGACAAACUUAAGUUUGACAUAAGUAGUAAUAGCACCCAACAGAGCUCUUCACUUGAGACAUACCGGUCUAAAGUCCAGUACUCUCUCAUCCAAAGCCAUGGUGGCAUUCCUUUCUAUCCUGGCAUCACUCUGCAGAAGUGGCAGGAAAGUAUCAAGAACAACCUGGUUGCUAUUGAUCGCGCUGGACUUCCUCUGCACUACUUCAUAAAUACCAACACCCUCCCUGAUCUGCCACAGCCCACCAUUGAGAAAGUUGCUCUCUCUGUGAGUCAGGCCAUAGAGCGAUACUACAAGAUCAACAUGAGGCCAGGAUGUGUGGACAUCAACUCCAAGAACUUCAACUUCCAAGCCAACGUAGAUGAUUCAUCCUGCGAGGGGCUGGCUAACAACCUCAACUUUGGUGGAGUCUACCAAGAAUGUGUUCCAUUCAGCGCAGAUGCAGGCCCUCUAUGUGCCCCCUUAGCCCAGAAAAACCUUGACACAGGUGAUUCGUCCUGUAGUCCUCCUUACAUCCCCACUUUACUGAGAUCAGAAGUGAGACAGCAGGGUUACACUACGCAUGACUGCUAUGAUGAAUCAUAUCCAUGUGGGUUUUUAGAGCUUUUUGACUGUGAUCGCCAAGUGUGUGAGGACAACUACCAUGUUCGCUCUGCACACAUUAACACCUACUGGUGUUCUGUAAAUGGAGAGGCCCCAGAAAACUCAGGGUAUCUGUUUGGAGGGAUUUACAGCCCCUCUCUCCUGAACCCCCUCACAAAUGCCAAAAGCUGCCCACAAAACUUCAUUCCUGUAAAGUUUCUCUCCGAUGGACAGGUAAUCUGUCUGAGCAAAGACUACGAGGCUGGCAACAGAUAUGCAGUGCCGUUUGGAGGCCUCUUUAGUUGUCAGUCAAGCAACCCACUCGCUAACUCCCAACAUCGCUGCCCUCCCAAGUUCAGUCAGCAUCUCGCCUCAGUGAGCGAUGGCUGUGAAAUCCUUUACUGUGUCCAGUCAAAGGCAUUCACAGAAGGGCAGCUGCUUCCUGUUCAUCUGCCUCCAUUCACUAAACCUCCCCUUGUCAGCAUGCAUGCCAACAAUACUGUGUUGGUGAUGACUGAAGGAGAUAAGAGCUGGAUCAGAGGAGGUCAGACAAGUUCGUGGAAACUGGCUACACAAGGGGAGAUCAAGAAAAGCCUCCAAAGUCUUAACCAAGUGCUUGAUGACAUGUCUAUUGGAGAGCAGGCUGGGUUAAUAUGUGGGGUGAUUGGGUUGAUGAUGGUGCUGGUGGUGGCGGUGGCAACAGUCCUGGUGAAGAGAAGGAGGAGGCUGUCUGGGUUUAACGCAGCUAGAGGUGAUGAAGAUACACAUGGAGAGGCUGAACAACAUGAGGAAGAGAGAGUUGCACAGCAAGAUGACCCUUGA